GUAAUUUUGGAUACAAUUGUGUGUUUGUUUGUAAUAAAAUGUAUCGUUUAUAAAUAGUGCGGCUAUUAGAAAUUUGGCACCAGCCAUGUCGCAUGUAGAAGAUAAAAGUAGAAUCAUUCCUUGGGUUGACAAAUUAUUUGCUGCCGAAUAUCACGUUGAAAUUUUGCGCGAUAAACGUAACAGGUAACAAAUUGUUGAUGAAUUUUUUUUUUCUUUAUUGGUUAUACAUAUUUUUUUCUGAAGAUAUUUGUCAUCUUUAACUAUGAAUAUGUUGAACGACGAGUUGAAUGGUGUAUUUGCCGAGGAUCCACCAAUCGGUUCGCUCAAAGAUUUGUCCAACGAGACAAUAAUCAAAGCUCCACCCGCUGAAUGGGAAUUGGAUACAACUUGGAGCGAAUAUGUGGCAUCUUUGCCUGACGAUUACGAAGAAAUACCGUGUAGUUUUCACGACGAGAAUUCGUUUUGCGAACAGGAUACCUUUGAGAUGGACGAACAAAUGGAUAAUGAAUUUUGGUUCUUGCUUUAUCAAAUCAGACCAUACGCAGCAUCUAUACCAUCUCCCAAUGCGAGAACCAUAGUCACUGCAUGGAUUCAAACGCUAUGUCGAUUGAGUUGUAACAAAUGUAGCAAAAUGAAGGGACUUAGAAAUGAUUACGCUUACGCCCUUUACGGAAGUAUAGAAAAUAAUCGAGAAUGCAAACAUUAUAGGCGAGCAGCAAAAAAGUAUCCACUGACAUCACCAUUUAGCCAAGAAGCAGAUUCCUUUAUCAUGGAGCAACCAACUACUGAGGAAGGUGCAUUUUGUUAUAUCGCUGUAACGGGUGACGUCAUUCAAACCAAUGCCAAGUAAUC